GACAAAAUCUGAGAGUUUUAAGAUUUUGGGUUGGUGAGAGCUUAGCUGGGGGAAGUGAGAGAAGUAAGACAAGAAAUGAGCGGUUUGGUUGAUUCUAUUACAGGAGCUGUAGUUUCUGAGCUCCUGAAAGUCGUGAUUGAAGAGGCUAAGAUGGUGUUGGCGUUCAAAUCUGUGUCUAUUGAGCUCGCAUCGAAGAUGAAUACAGUGCUUUUGGCAUUCAUUGAGAUCGAAACGAUGCAAGGUGCUGAAGAACUAAAGGAUCUCAAGGAUAUAAUCGACGAAGCUCGUGAACUGGUUCGGAAGUGCUCAAAAGUCAACCGGCUGAAUCUACCUUCAAAAGCUAAAUAUACAAGAAAAGUAAAGGAUGUCAACAAGAAGCUGUUCGAGUUCUGUCAGGUUCAAUUGCAGAUUAUUAUGCUUCGGAACCAACUGCUGAUCAUGCGUAAAAUUGGAACUGAGAAAUGCUCAUCGGGUUACGGCGCAGAGCUGUCUCCCAAGCCGUAUGACAAUCUGCCCAAGGAUAAGUUGAUGGCCAUUAAGAGUCAUCUCGAAAGCAUCAAAAAGGAGCUCGACGUUUUGAGUGUUCCUCCGCCUGUUUAUAUGGAUCUUUGCUCGAUCCCAGAGAUUGAUAAGGUUCUCGUUGGUUUGGAUUUGCCACUGAUGGAGGUAAAAAAGAAGCUCCUUGAUGAUGAUGAUCCAAUGGCUUGUCUCGUGGUCUCUGCUCCUCCCGGGUGCGGGAAAACCACAUUGGUUACUCAGCUUUGUCAUGAUGAUGAGAUCAAAGAAAAAUUCGAGUAUAUCUUCUUUUGCGACGUGUCAAGGGGUUCUACCUUUAGGACCACAGUGCAGAUUUUACUCCAGCACAACGGUUACGAAGCACCUACAUUUGAGAACGAUUCUCAAGCAGUUGAUGGCUUAAGAAAUCUGCUUGAGGAACUUAACGAAGAGGGUCCUAUAUUGUUGGUGCUGGAUGAUGUGUGCCAAGGAGAAGAGUCCUUUCUUCAGAAAUUUCAGAUUAACAUGCCGAAUUUCAAGAUUUUGGUGACUUCUCGAUAUGAGUUUCCUGCUUUUGGUCCCACUUAUCAUUUGAAACCUUUGGGAUAUGAAGAUGCUAAGUACCUUCUCAUUAAGCGGGCAUCUCUGGGUCUUUACAGGGCAGCAUUUGAAAAUGAAGCUCUUCUACAAAAGGUUUUGAAACAUUGCUAUGGAUUUCCACUCUUGAUUGAAGUAAUCGGAGUUCAACUUGUAAGAAAAUUUGUAAAUCGGAUCACAGGAAGAGUGGAAAGCUGGUCCGAAGAGGAAACAAUUCUUGAUAGUCCUCAACCUACUGUGCUAGAAUGUCUGCAGCCUAGCUUGAAUGUCUUGAAACCCCAUCUCAAAGACUGUUUCUUAGACAUGGGCUCAUUUCAUAAAGAUGUUAAGAUACGUGCUACCAGUAUAAUCGACAUGUGGAUGGAAUUAUACGGUAAAGGUAGUAAAUGUACCGUGUACGUGAAGUACCUCAAUAAACUGGCUUUUCGUAAUCUUCUUAAACUUGAUCCUCUCGGGAGAGAAGACCACGAAAAGAACAAAGGUGCUAGUUUGUACAUGGGGUCCCUUGUCUCCUUCAAGCUGCUUGAACGUAUUCAAACCGGGCUGGAUGAGUCCGAAUACGGUUUCUACAAUGAAUUCUUAGUCACUCAACAUAGUAUUCUGAGGGAGUUGGCUAUCUCCCAAAGCAAAUCUGAGGAACACCAUGAAAGAGAAAGGCUCAACCUGGAGAUAAGAGAGGAUACAUUUCCAGAUUGGUGUUUGGAUCUAAUGCAGCCUAUAAGUGCUCGUCUUUUGUCUAUCUCUACGGAUGAUUUGUUCUCAUCGACUUGGGUUGAAAUGGAUUGCCCCAAUGUUGAGGCCUUAGUUUUUAAUCUCUCCUCGACAAGCUACUCAUUACCAAAGUUCAUUGCUACAAUGAAGAAACUGAAGGUUGUGAUUAUCAUAAAUCACGGUCUUGGUCCUGCAAAAUUGACCAACUUGUCGUGUCUCAGCUCAUUACCCAACCUAAAACGGAUCAGACUUGAGAAAAUUUCAAUCAAUUUGCCGGACAUUCUUCUAUCACCACUCGGCAGUCUCGAGAAGCUAUCUCUGUUCAUGUGCAGUUUCAGUGAAGUUUCCUACAACAUAGAAGAGAUUACUAUCCCUGAAGCUCUACCAAGUUUACAGGAGAUUGACAUAAAUUAUUGCUACGAUCUUGAGGAGUUACCGGAUUGGGUCUCUGAAGUUGUUUCAUUGAAGAAAAUUAGCAUCACAAACUGUGGCAAGCUCUCUGUACUUCCAAAGGCUAUAGGUAACUUGAGCAAUCUUGAAGUAUUGAGGUUGUGUUCUUGUAUUAAUCUCUAUGAGCUGCCUGAAACGACUGAGAGGCUCGGCAAUUUACGGUUUCUGGAUAUUUCUGAUUGCUUAGCAUUGAAAAAGUUGCCUUUAGAGUUUGGGAACUUACGGAAGUUGGAAAAAAUCUUGAUGAGGAUGUGUUCGGGAUGUGAACUACCGGAUUCAGUGAGGAAUCUAGAGAAUUUGGAGGUAGAUUGUGAUGAAGAGACUGGACCGUUGUGGGAAAGGUUGAAGCCAGAAAUGAGGAAUUUGAUGAUCUGGAAGGGGAUGUGAUAACCUGAAAUAUGUGCUAGUUUGUCCAAAGGCUAAGGAAAGGAUAGAAAGAUUGAGAAGCUGGACCAGUGAAAUACUCAACCUGUCGAGUAUCCUAUAUAGUUAUAUAAAUAAGUGCGUGUGUAAAAGUGCACGGGUAUGUUUGUUAUAACCAUGACUUGUUGGUCAAGUUUGGUUACGUUUCAUUUUUCAGUCUCCGGAACCGGAUCUUACAGACGGUUGUUCAGUUAUGUAAGAUGUUUAUUCAAGUUUGUGUUGGCUUUGUAAAAUAAUAAG